UAGGAUAGAAUGACAAGACGAGUGAGGGAAACACGAUGUCGCAGGUUCAAUCCAUUACCUUGAAGCAUCGCUCGCUACCUAUGCACUCUUUCGUUCCUCCAAACUUCCUUAUUCCUUUGAAACGCAACGUUUCAUUGACACCCACACCCAACUCCCCAUCACUCUCUGUCAAAUGCUACCACCCCAAACCCUCUUCCUCACCUCCCCAAUACCCUCCAAUUGGAGGAGAAUCGCUGCAAAAGGUCUACGUUGGUUACUCCAUUUACACUUUGAAGGGUGUGAUCACGGUGGCUCCUAGACCUCCGGAAUUCGAACAAAAAAAUUCCGGGGCGUACGCAGUGUCUAGGGAAGGUUAUGUGCUGCUCCAGUUUGCUCCUUCACUUGGUGCUGAUGAGGUCACAUAUGAUUGGAACCAAAAGGAGGUAUUUGCACUAUCAGUGAGUGAAAUGGCAACUCUAAUUAACCUUGGAUCGAGGGAUUCUUGUGAAUUUUUACAUGAGACUAUGAAACCUAAAAGUGAUGAAUAUGAAGUCAGAAAAGUUUUGAAGGUGGAGCCAGUUCUGGAUGCUUCUGGUCACUUAAUUAGCUUAAGUGUUCAAAAGAAGCAUGAGAACGAGAACAUGAACGAAAUUGAGAAAAGCAUCUUUAUCCCUGUUGUAAGGGCAGAGCUAGCGGUUUUGAGGUCGACUUUCAAUUAUAUCAUGCCAUACCUUCUAGGUUGGAAUGCCUUUGCAAACACCAUAAAGCCAGAGGUAUAUAAUCGAGUGAAUAGUACCAACCCCAGAUACAGAGCAAACGAUGAAUGGAACAGAUAGGAAUCAUUAUUUUCAAGACCUACACGGCCCUGUGACUGUGCUACCUCCUCAACUUUGAAAUGUGUUGAAUCUCUUCAUUCUGGUAGCAUAGAAUUGUUUUGAAAAAUUUUGAGAUAUCAUUAUUAGCACACUCAUUUUUAAUUUAAUUAUUUAGUUGUUUAUUAAAUAAAUUAUUUGCUCCUUUCCUUUUGUUUC